AUGAAUGAAAGUGUGGACAUGAGAAUGUCCAAAGUGAGUCAGUACGAAAUCAAUUCUAUCUCUACAAUAAAAGAGGAAGAAUUGAUAUGUGCUAGGUAUGAUGGACAGGAUACUGAAGAGGCUGUUGCCGGCAAGAGCAGCAUUAAUAACGAUAGUGCUAAGGAAACGGAGACAUCGCCACGAAAGGGCGGGGAGGUUAAGCGGAAGCUAAAGCAACGGCAUAUAGGAAUGAUUGCCCUCGGUGGUACUAUAGGCACAGGUCUCAUAAUAGGUAUUGGCCCGCCACUGGCACAUGCGGGGCCUGUUGGCGCCCUGAUAUCCUAUUUAUUUAUGGGGACGGUGAUUUACUCUGUGACUCAGUCGUUAGGUGAAAUGGCUACAUUUAUCCCAGUAACAUCUUCGUUUUCUGUCUUUGCGCAGAGAUUUUUGUCGCCUGCACUGGGCGCCACAAACGGCUACAUGUACUGGCUGUCGUGGUGUUUUACCUUCGCAUUAGAACUAUCCGUUCUGGGGCAGAUCAUUCAGUAUUGGACAGAUGCCGUACCCUUAGUAGCUUGGAUCGUGAUUUUCUGGUGCUUGUUAACUCUGAUGAACAUGUUUCCCGUGAAAUAUUAUGGAGAAUUUGAGUUUUGCAUAGCAUCCAUAAAGGUAAUAGCGUUGCUUGGCUUCAUCUUUUUUUCAUUCUGUAUAGUUUGUGGUGCGGGACAAUCUGGCGGGCCCAUCGGUUUCAGAUACUGGAGAAAUCCAGGUGCCUGGGGACCAGGCAUCAUCUCUAAAAACAAGAAUGAAGGCCGUUUCCUCGGUUGGGUUUCGUCCUUGAUCAAUGCUGCAUUCACGUAUCAAGGCACUGAACUGGUUGGAAUCACCGCCGGUGAAGCCGCUAACCCACGAAGAGCCGUCCCCAGGGCAAUCAAAAAAGUUGUGGUAAGGAUCUUAGUCUUUUAUAUCCUUUCUCUGUUUUUCAUCGGCCUUUUGGUUCCGUAUAACGAUCCGAAAUUGGAUAGUGAGGGCACAUUUGUCUCUUCGUCCCCCUUUAUGAUAAGCAUUGAGAACUCAGGAACCAAAGUCCUUCCAGAUAUAUUUAAUGCGGUCGUACUGAUCACUAUUCUCUCUGCAGGUAACUCUAACGUGUAUAUUGGCUCAAGGGUACUGUACAGUCUAUCUAAAAACAGUCUGGCACCAAGGUUUUUGUCCAACGUAACCAAGGGCGGUGUACCAUACUUCGCUGUACUUUCAACAUCUGCAUUCGGGUUUUUGGCUUUCUUAGAGACAUCUGCAGGCAGCGGUAAGGUUUUUAAUUGGUUACUAAACAUCACCGGUGUGGCAGGCUUUUUUGCCUGGCUUUUGAUUUCACUUUCACAUAUCCGCUUUAUGCAGGCGAUAAAGAAGCGUGGUAUAUCAAGGGACGACUUACCUUACAGAGCUCGCAUGAUGCCUUUCUUGGCAUAUUAUGCAUCCUUUUUCAUCGCACUGAUCGUUCUGAUUCAGGGGUUUACCGCAUUCGCACCUACUUUUCAACCCAUUGACUUCAUUGCCGCAUAUAUAUCCGUAUUCCUGUUUAUAGCUAUCUGGUUGCUAUUCCAGGUUUGGUUUAAGUGUCGCUUUGUAUGGAAGCUGCAGGAUGUCGAUAUAGAUUCUGACCGCCGGGACAUAGAGGAGCAGGUCUGGAUAGAGCCAGAAUGUAAAACAAGGUGGCAGCAUGUGUGGGAUAUUCUUUCAUAA